GAGAAAGAUUAUAUAUUGUAAAGGUUUCCGUUUCACUCUGCACUCGAAAUGUUUUUCCGAAAUCGGUUAUUUUAACACAAAAUACAAAAGUAUGUACAUACAAUCUGGUACAGUUUUGUUUUCGAAAUAUUUUGUACGAAUCUCAUUUUUACAUCCUGUAUGACUGGGUUAUAAUUAAAAUUCCGGAUAUAUUUGGCCUGGUAGGAAGGAUAUUCCACUUGUUUUGAAAUUCGAAGUUUGAAUGUCAAGUAAAUAAUACCGACAGUGCAAAGACAGGAUGGCGGACAUACCCACUUUGCUAAAUCGCGUUAUGCAAUUAGAGUACAAAUUGAAAGCCAUGGCACAGAGGACAAAGAAAGAGAUUAUUUGGAAGAAGCAGUUGGAAGACUGGAUUUUGAAAACUUUUAACUACGACUUGCGGCUAGAUGUGGAGCUGAAAUUGUUACAAAAUGAGGGAGGAUCUAGUGAGUUUCAAUCUGUAGAGAUGAAUAAUUCUCAAAAUCGGGUAUUUAUGGGACAAACUAGCAUUACAAAAACCAGCAGGACAGCCCCAUCGUCAUUGUCAUCAUCAUCUAUGCCUGUACAUAAUCCGGUGAAUAAUCGAAACUUUGUUCCACAACAACCCCAAACAAUCUCAUCUUCUAGACAAGUUCCACCUAAUGUGUCCAUUACUACAAUGCCUAUGCCAGUCCCCUCAUUGCCAGUGCAUUCAAGUCAGCAUGUACAGCAGACCUCUAUGAUGGGACAACUAGGUUAUCAUCAGCAGAGAGGGCCACCGUGGCCUGGAGUACGACAAAUGCGACCGGUUCAACUACAAAAGCGUAGACGAAUCGCAAACAAUGUUGGCAUCAGACAAAGAGCCGUCCACCACAGUGACAUGUCCACUACGCCAAUAAUUGUUUCUACUUCAUCCAUGGCUCCGGCACACAACCGGUCUCCAGAACUUAUUUUCCUAGAUGACGAUGACGAUGUAGCAAAGAGUGAUGUGACCACAAUCACGUCGUCGAACUUACCCGCCGGUUUGGCAAGAACAGCAACAACGUUCACAGGGACUAUUUCAAAUAUCUCUCGUUCGGGCAUAAAUACAAGUGCUAGUAGUAAUAAUACCAGUUUCAGCAACAUAAUUCCUUGCACCAGUAGUGCCAAUACGAAUAAAACAAGCACUGCUCAAAGUUCCGGAAUCUACAAUGUGAAUAAUAACACUACCCACGGAAUUGCCUCCUCUGAUAGUCCCGGUUUCAGUAAUUUUGUGAAUACUUCCGGGAACAGUUUGACUGGCAAUAGCGUUGCUACUACAAAUAUUGAUACAACAACGAAUUCAGUCAGCAGCAGCAGCAGCAAUAUAAUGGGGAUCCAAAGCCAAAGCCAUCUCGGUUCCUCAAUAGAAUCGAUAUUAUCAGCUGCACAUAAUUCUCGUGCUAUUUAUAGUGGAGACUCGAUAGGAGGUGGUGAUUCUGAAAAUAGUUGUGGUUUUGAUUCGUCACUAUUGAUGAAUAUGAUCCAGCUUGAAAGUCAACAUGCUGCUAACAAUUACAUUACUAGAAAUGAUGGACUCUUAAUGUUUAAUAUUAAAAAAAUUCUACUGGAUUAUGAGCCGAAUCUUCACAACGAGUUACUUAAAGUGGCCCCGAAUGGAGGAGAUUUGCCACUGUGUUACAAGAAAAAAAUUAAUACAAAUGUCUGCCACUUCCUGAUUCAGGUGUACGGUGAACGUGUUCCACGGGUGGCAAAAGAAGCAAUGGCUGACUCAAUAUGUUCUGAAUAUCCGGUCAAUAAGGACGAGUGGUUUCAAAAGCUAACAAACAAAAAUGCUACCGGCCUUAUUGAAAAUGGACUAAUCAGUCUGCGAAAAAAUUUACGGGACCAUCUUAAACGUUUAGAACAGGAUCCGUCCUUAAAAUUAGUCUAGAUAUUCAAAACGUAAACAUAUAUUCUCAUUUAUUUUAGUAUGUACUGUACUGUAUGUAAUGCAUGUAUGGGGUUUGUUUUAAUUCAGAUUAGUCAUUCCACAAUAAUAGAAAAUUUUUAAUCAUACCGCAGA